AACUAUUUGUUUACACCGGACAUGGCGGAGUCGCUCGCUGUUCGUUGAAUUAAAAUAACAUAAAAUAACGUUUAACACUUUUGAACGACACCCUUUCUUGUCCAUAUUUGAGUUUUUAAUACAUGAUGAUUGGAGAUGUUGGUCGGUUACAGCAGCAGCAGCUCGGAGGAGGACGCGGAGGCCGGAAGUGAAGCUGAGAGGAGGAAAAGUUUGGAAGAUGAUUUCCCUGCGAAGAAGAAACCCAGAACCGAGGAGCAGGUGUCCAAAAACAGGCUUCCUCUGCCUGGAUGCCUGUUGUCCAUGUUUCCAGAUGAAGAGGAGCCAGAGACUGAAGACAGCUCACUUCAUGGUGGACGGAUACGCUCCUUCAAGCACGAGAGAGGAAACUGGGCCACCUACGUGUAUUUGCCAUACCACCCUGAGGAGGACUUCAUGGAGCUGUUGGGGGAGCUGCUCCACGCAGCAGAGACUCGGGGUGUGGUUCUGACCCCGCAGGAGGAGUUCCACCUCAGCCUGUCUCAGACGGUGGUGCUCAAACAUCACUGGAUCCAGCCCUUCACUCAGAGCCUGAGGGCCGCCUUGGCACGCUGCAGACGGUUCCUGUGUUUAGCAGGGAGGCUGAAAGUCUACUGUAACGCAGAGAGGACCAGGACCUUCCUGGGGAUGGAGAUGUUGACCGGACACGCUCAGUUGUUGGAGCUGGUUCGGGUCGUGGACCAAACGAUGACGGAGUUUCGACUGGAGACUUUCUAUGAGGAUCCAUCGUUCCACGUGAGUCUGGCCUGGUGUGUCGGUGACUCCUCAGUGCAGAUGGAGGAAUGUUUGGAGCAGCUGCAGAACCUGGUGGACGAGCAUGAAGACGGGCCGUUUCAGUUGAAGCUGGAGUGCUCGGAGCUGCGCUGCAGGACGGGAAACAAGACCUUUCGCUUCCCGUUGGAGUCCACAUGAGUGAAACUGAGACCAGCUGCACCACAGAGAGAGACAAACUUUCACCUCUCAGCUGUCUUCCCUGCUUUGAAAAAAAAAAA